AUGGGAUAUUACAAUCAAGAAUGGCGUGUUUGGAUACAGAGUGUGGUGUUUUCCUGUCUGUGGGCUGUGUCCUUUCAGACGAUUGCAUAUUCCAUCUCUGAAGAGGAGAACAAGGGAACUGUUGUGGGAAAUAUAACGAAGGAUCUAAACCUUAAUCUUAAGGAGUUGGAAUUACGCACGUUUCAGAUCGUGGCCGGGGCGAGUAAGAAGUAUUUCGAGGUAAAUUUACAGACUGGUGUUUUAACUGUGAACGAAAGGAUCGACAGGGAGGAGCUGUGUUUUAGUAUUCCGAAAUGCUCUCUCAAGAUAGAGGCCGUGGCUCAUGAUCCUGUGGAUAUCUAUCGUGUUGACGUAAAUAUAUUGGACAUUAAUGAUAAUGCGCCAGUUUUCCAGGAUAGAGUUCACGUAUUAAAUGUAACUGAAUAUGCGUUUCAUGGGGAAAGAUUUCCCCUUCCUUUAGCCAAUGAUCCCGAUUUGGGUAGCAACUCAGUGAAAACCUAUAAGCUGAGUCCGAAUGAACACUUCUCUCUGGAUGUACAGAGCGGUGGAGAGCAGAGUGUGUCUCCCGAGCUAGUGCUGCAGAAAGCUUUAGACCGAGAGAAGCAGUCUGUGAUUCAGCUCCGACUGACUGCUGUUGACGGAGGAAAACCUCCCCGAUCAGGCACGUUACAGAUCAUUGUUAAUGUAAUCGAUGUGAAUGACAAUACUCCAACAUUCGGCAGCUCUCUUUACAAAGUCCGUGUUUCUGAAAAUGUUCCUUUUGGAACACCAAUCAUAAAACUUAAUGCAACGGACAUAGACGAAGGCGUAAAUGGUGCGGUUCUGUACUCAUUUGUUCGACAUGGCAAUGUGAAUCCAACAGAUAUUUUCUCAAUAAAUCAGGAUACUGGGGACAUUACUACAAAGGGCGUACUUGACUAUGAGGAAAAUGCUGCGUUUGAAUUACGCAUCCAGGCCAGAGAUAAAGGCUCGACUCCCCGCAGUACUCACUGCAAACUCUUAAUUGAAGUUGUGGAUGUAAAUGACAACUGUCCAGAAAUAUCAGUAACUUCAGUGCUAAAAACGGUCAGAGAAGACGCAAAACUCGGUACCGCUGUUGCCUUAAUUGCAGUCUCAGAUAAAGACGGUGGCAAAAACGGAGUUGUUCAUUGUCGCAUUGUUGACUCUGUUCCUUUUAAACUGCAGUCUUCUAAUGAUAACUAUUACUCUUUAGUGGUCGAUGGUCCGCUGGACAGAGAGAGCAGUACUCAGUACAAUGUCACCAUUACAGCUACAGAUGAAGGGACUCCGCCUCUCUCCAGCACCAGUGUCAUAACUGUACAUGUUUCUGAUGUCAACGAUAACGCGCCCCGGUUUUCAGAGACUGUGAUUACCGUAUACGUGAAAGAAAACAGCCAAGUGGGAUCUGUUAUUGACACAGUAUCUGCAUUUGACCCAGACUUGAAAGAAAAUUCUAAACUUACUUAUUCCUUAUUGGAGAGUUUGACCUUUCGGUCACCAAUGGUCAACGUCAACUCAGUUAAUGGCGAAAUAUACAGCUUGCAGUCUUUCAACUAUGAAGAAAUAAAAUCGUUUCAAUUUCAAGUUCAGGCCACAGACUCUGGUGUUCCUCCGCUAAGCAGCAACGUGACUCUGAACGUUUUUAUCCUGGAUGAGAAUGACAACAGUCCUGUGGUUCUCCCACCUUAUUCUGGCCAGGGCUCCGUUAAUACUGAGAACAUUCCCUAUUCUGCUGAAGCGGGCUACUUUGUGGCCAAGAUCAGGGCUGUAGACGCAGACUCUGGUUACAAUGCCCUGCUUUCUUAUCACAUCACUGAACCCAAGGGAAGCAGCCUUUUCCGAAUCGGAAGCAGCAGCGGGGAAAUAAGGACUAAGAGGCGAAUGAGUGACAAUGACCUGAAAACUCAUCCAUUGGUGAUUUUGAUUUCUGACCACGGAGAACCUUCCCUCUCAGCGACUGUGUCUAUGGAUGUUGUGGUUGUUGAAGAUAUGGGUGAAAUACAAACAACGUUCAGACAGUUACCUGCCAAGGAGGAUAAUUUCUCUGAUUUAAAUCUAUAUUUGCUGAUCGCCAUUGUCUCGGUGUCAGUUAUAUUUUUGCUGAGCCUGAUCAGCUUAAUAGCUGUGAAGUGCCACAGGACUGAUGGCGGGUUGAGCAAGUACAGCGCUCCAGUGAUCACCACACACCCUGACGGGAGCUGGUCUUACUCCAAAUCUACUCAGCAGUAUGACGUGUGUUUUAGCUCAGACACACUGAAGAGUGACGUUGUGGUUUUCCCUUCGCCAUUUCCGCCUGCAGAUGCGGAGCUGAUAAGCAUUAAUGGAGCAGAUACUUUUAAACGGAACCAAACGCUUCCCAAUAGUGAGAAGGUAAGAGCACGGGUAACAUAA